AUGCAGCGUGUUUUACUUAUAAUUCUUGUGGCUGCAUGCAGCGCCAAAGAGGAAGAAAACAUCAAAGAAGAAAUAGCGGCCGGAUACUUCUCUCCACAACAGUCUGACUCCAGCUAUGGAUACGAGCAGGCGACAUAUAAUCCACCGUCCUACCAGCAGCCGUUCUAUCAACCGCAACUUAUGAUGCCGCCGUUUGCGUUGCCAAGUUACGAUGUCGCCUAUUGUUCUGUGCACGCUUCCUUCCCCCUUGUUGGAGCCAGAAGACACCACAGAGAUCGCGAUCAUCGCCAUCAUCACGGACAUCGUCUUCGCAAGUUCGAGCGACAGUCAUGCCGAUAUACUGCCGUUUUCUCGUGGGAAGCAUGUAACAACUGUUGUAAAGUAGCCAGUAGGACUAACGGAAAUGCGCAAACUCGCGAUAUCGUUGGUGCCCUGUUCGUGUUUGAUCCCGAUAUGGAUUUCCGCCGCCACGACGAUGAACCGGAACACAGCAAGAACAAGGCAGUUCAAUGCGUAUGCUGCGCACCCAAGAGGUUUUAA